AUGUCUUCCAGCUUGGCCUCAUGCAUCUUUUGCAAGAUCAUCAAGGGAGAAAUUCCUUGCUUCAAGCUCUUCGAGAGCGACAAGACUCUGGCAUUUCUUGACAUUAAUCCUCUGAGCCGUGGCCACGCACUCGUCAUCCCCAAGUUCCACGGUGCCAAGUUGGCUGACAUUCCCGAUGAGCAUCUUGGAGAGAUUCUUCCAGUCGUCAAAAAGCUCGUCGCCGCAAGCGGAGCUGAAGAUUACAAUGUCCUUCAGAACAACGGCCGCAUCGCCCACCAGGUGGUUGACCACGUUCACUUUCACAUGAUCCCCAAGCCCAACGAGACCGAGGGUCUUGGUGUUGGCUGGCCCCAACAGGCGACCGACAUGGAUAAGCUUAAGGCCCUUUUUGAGGAGAUCAAGUCCAAAAUGUAA